GAGGAAAGAGGCGGUGGCGCAUGCGCAGUGCGGGGAAGGGGCUGCCUAAGGGGGAGGGGCGCGUCCGCCGGAGCGACGGAAAGCGAGCGAAGCGGUGGCGGACCGGAGCGCGAUGGAGGCGCGGGGGGAACCCCAGUCGCCGUCAGCGGACAGGAUGAGCCAAGGGGACUCGAACCCAGCAGCGGUGCCACACGCGGCGGAAGACGUCCAGGGAGACGACAGGUGGAUGUCGCAGCAUAACCGAUUUGUCUUGGACUGCAAGGACAAGGAGCCUGAUGUGCUGUUUGUGGGAGACUCCAUGGUGCAGUUGCUACAGCAGUAUGAGAUAUGGCGAGAACUCUUUUCACCUUUGCACGCACUGAAUUUUGGAAUUGGUGGGGACACAACGGGGCACGUUUUGUGGAGACUGAAGAAUGGUGAACUGGAGAAUAUUAAGCCCAAGGUCAUUGUUGUUUGGGUGGGAACAAAUAACCACAGUAACACAGCGGAAGAAGUCACUGGUGGAGUAGAGGCCAUUGUCAGGCUGAUCAAUACGCUGCAGCCCCAGGCCAAGAUCAUUGUGCUGGGCCUGCUGCCACGCGGUGAGAAACCAAACCCCCUGCGGCAGAAGAAUGCCAAGGUGAACCUGCUCCUGAAAACCUUGCUGCCCAAACUCACCAACGUCCAGCUGCUGGAUGUGGAUGCGGGCUUCGUUCACUCAGAUGGCACCAUCUCCUGCCACGACAUGUUUGAUUUCCUGCACCUAACGGGGCCUGGCUAUGCCAAGAUCUGCAAACCCCUCCAUGAACUGAUCAUGCAGCUGCUGGAGGAGACCCCUGAAGAAAAGCAGGCAACCCUAGCCUGACCCCCGCAGUGUUGGCGGCACCCAGCUCCAUCAGCACAAUCCUCCUUCCCCAGGCACUACAGAAUCCUCCGUACUCCAAGCGCUUUCCAUUCUCGAAUCUUACUGGAUCUUGUGUUUAGCACUGGCAAGGGGAAGGGAGGGGGGCUGGCAAGGCAGAAGGUGGGGCAGCCAGUCAGAGAGAGCCGCCUGGGUGGGUGGUCUUAGUUGCAGGAAAAGGAUGUUGUUGUUGUUGUUGUUUUACUUUUAAAGUUAUUUUUCUUGUUUACAGCCCAAACGCACCUGCCCUCCUCCCUCGCUCCUGUCCAGCUAUCACUCUGCUGGUCCUCCAUUCUCCAGGCUGCACUCACAUUCCACUCCCUGAACUGAAAAGUAGCUGCUUUUUUCAAAGAUGGAAUUGUUUGGAGAGGUUUUUAUACUUUAUUGGGGUUGAGGUUUUGUUUUGUUUUUUGUUUUAAGUGAUACUAGCUGCUUUCUGGCUUUUGGCAGAAACACACACACAUACAUACAGGCACACCAGGAUGCAGCUACAUGCAACCAUUUCUGAUCUGUGAAAAAUUACAUCUUAAGCAAGGGAAGUCAUUUAACACUGCCUGCUUUUUGUCUCUCUAGCAUCAUGAAUGUCACUGCCUUGCUGGGAUGUGGGAGGGGAGGGGGCUGUCCACUUAAGCAUCCUGGUAGACUCUGCCUCCCCAACCCACCCACCCACCCCCCACCCCCAUGGUUGUGUGCCCAGCUUUUCAAAGUCUACAGCGAGCCAUUCCCACCAGGCUAAAACUGACACCUCUGCUCACUGUACUGUCUGGUGCUGUGGAAUGCUUUUUGGAGCUGCUUGUGUACUUUUUAUUUUAGAAGAAGCAAAUGACUGUUACUUCCCCUCCCCUUCCCCCAUAAAAUUAUCAUCUACAUUCA